AUGCCGAUGCCUCCCUGUCCCGAAUGUCGAGCGAUCUCAAAGAGUGGCUCUGAGCGAGAGAUCUUCGUCGAUGCAUGCUGCCUGAUUUGUACUGAAACUCAGCGGCCCUUCAUUCUGUUGCCAUGCAACCAUGGGAUGUGCAAAGACUGCUUUCAGCGUUGGGCAGGACCUCCACCUGCACCGUCUGCACCGUCUGCACCGUCUGCACCUCCGCUGGCACCGACGGGCUUGGCCAAUGAGGAGGGUGCUCCAGUGGCACCAGGGCGCCGUUCCGAGUGCAGGCACCUCUUAUAUUGUGGCAGAAACCUUGGCACGGCUGCCAUCCCAGGUUCGGAUGGCCGCUGUGGUCCCGGCAACGGGCCACAGUGUCAGUCCUGUGCCAGCUUUCAGCGGGCAUUGAUCGCAGACCUACGCAUGAAAAACAGUGAAGGUGCCACUGUCUUCCUGGGUUCAGAAACAAACAAGUGGUACUGUGGACGCCGCUUGGGUACAGCAGCCAUCCCAGGUUCCGAUGGGCGCUGUGGUCCAAGCAAUGGGCCACAGUGCCGGUCGUGCCAAGAACUUGACGCUUCCCAUCUGGCGAACGACGAAGGUGCUCCGGUCUGUCCGGGGAAGGUCUUGGGGUCUUGGGAUGGCCGAAGGAACUUGUAUUGUGGCAGAAACCUUGGCAGGGCUGCAAUCCCAGGGUCGGAUGGCCGCUGUGGCCCGAGUGCUGGGCCUCAAUGCCAGUCGUGCCUGCGCUAUCAGAUUCGCUUCAUCUCAGAUCCGUGGCCGCUUUAG